CUCCAGCGUCCACCCCGUGCCGGUUUGUCGGCCAUUUCUUAGGUGAGGCAGCCUGCAGACUCACCUACUAGAGUUUCCAGCUUUCACCUGAGAGUCCGAAGGCCCGCGGCGCACGUGCGGUGUGUACGUCCACUCCCUUCGGAGGCGGGGUCGUAUCCAGAGCCAAUGAGAACUUACGGGGGUGGAGAGGCCAGGAAGCUUCCAGAGGCUGAUGAGGAAGGAAGUUAUAAAGGGGGUGCAGGAGUGCCAGCGGGAGAGUCAUGCAGUCCAAGCGGGAUUGUGAGCUGUGGUGCGAGAGGGUGAAUCCAGAGAACAAGGCGGCGCUGGAGGCAUGGGUCAGGGAGACAGGCAUCCGCCUGGUGCAGGUGAACGGGCAGAGGAAGUAUGGCGGGCCACCCCCAGGCUGGGUGGGCAGCCCGCCGCCGGCCGGGUCAGAAGUGUUCAUCGGGCGGCUGCCCCAGGAUGUGUACGAGCACCAGCUGAUUCCACUGUUCCAGCGCGUGGGGCGCCUGUACGAGUUUCGCCUGAUGAUGACCUUCAGCGGCCUCAACCGCGGCUUUGCCUACGCCCGCUACAGCUCGCGGCGCGGUGCACAGGCCGCCAUCGCCACGCUGCAUAACCACCCGCUGCGGCCCUCCUGCCCGCUGCUCGUGUGCCGCAGCACUGAGAAGUGCGAGCUGAGCGUGGACGGGCUGCCGCCGGAUCUGAGCCGCCGCGCGCUGCUGCUUGCGCUGCAGCCGCUGGGCCCCAGCCUGCAGGAGGCGCUGCUGCUGCCCAGCCCUGGGCCGGCGCCCGUGCAAAUUGCGCUGCUCAAAUUCAGCUCUCACCGCUCCGCAGCUAUGGCCAAAAAGGCCCUGGUAGAAGGACAGUCACGCCUCUGUGGAGAGCAAGUGGCUGUGGAGUGGCUCAAGCCUGACCUGAAGCAGCGCCUCCGGCAGCAGCUCGAGGGUCCCUCUCUCCGGUGCCUACAACCCGAGGGAAGUCGAUUGGCCCUGGCCAGAGACAAGCUAGGACCCCAAGGGGCGCGGGCUGCCCUGCAGCUUCUGUGCCAGAGGAUGAAGCUGGGCAGCCCGGUGUUUCUUACCAAGUGCUUGGGCACAGGCCCUGCUGGCUGGCACCGCUUCUGGUACCAGGUGGUGAUCCCUGGGCAUCCAGUGCCCUUCAGUGGCCUUAUCUGGGUUGUGCUGGCCCCAGAUGGGCAGGACGGGCACGAGGUAGCCAAGGAUGCCGUGUCUGCACGGCUGCUGGAGGCACUGAGUGAGUCUGUGGUCACCGUCCUGUGGUCUCCUGGGGCAGAGGCAGGGAACAUAGUUAUGCAAUGAUCCCAUCCUCCCCAACAUAUAGGCAGAGCCUGUGUCAGUUCCCAGCCCAGCAGGCCUGGGCGCCACCAUCUGUUCCCAGAAGAGGAGGGACAUGGGCCAAGCUGUAGGCCUGACAUAGCUUCCCUGCUGGGGCAGAGCCCCAUAGCACAUGGGACAGCUCAGGUUUGGCUAAGUUGUGUGAGGGACCUGCCCUCCCUCUUCCAGCCCAGGGUCUGGCCUGAUCCCAUGGUUUUCCUUGGCUAUGCCCUGCUGACACAACCCCCCCUCUUCCCACAACUUGGCAUAAAUCUUUAUUUUCUUUAUUCAUCUUCUUUGUUCAUUUUUAUUUGGGGGUUGGUUGAGCCAACAGGUCAGAAGUUCUGCCCUUUGCCCCUACCACUUGGCUUUCUGGUUUUGGUUUAUAUACAGUUUUGAGUUUUCUUAUGCUGGUUGUAUUUACAUUAAA